GUGAAUUUGAGCGGGAAAAGUCCCUCCCAACCUUCCCCUCAGGAAAUUGAUACUUUAUCACCAUGGAGAUUGAUCAUUUAUAUUUGGGAGCAACAGCACUGGGGACCAAUUACCUGUCAAGAGUUUGAUAAACCAAUCAAGUAAACUCCAGUUUCUUUGCUGUUAUUCCUCAUUUCACCUUUGAACUUAUUUUACCUAUGGCAUUCAGGAGACAAGUAAAAAACUUUGUGAAAAACUACUCAGAUGCUGAAAUAAAAGUCAGGGAAGCAACUUCUAAUGACCCUUGGGGUCCCUCUAGUUCUCUGAUGUUAGAUAUCAGUGACUUGACUUUCAACACAAUUUCUCUCUCAGAGAUUAUGAAUAUGUUAUGGCACAGACUCAAUGACCAUGGAAAGAACUGGCGCCAUGUGUAUAAAUCCCUUACGCUAAUGGAUUAUCUCAUCAAGAAUGGAUCAAAGAAAGUUAUUCAGCAUUGCAGAGAGGGGUUCUAUAACCUUCAAAUACUAAAAGAUUUUCAACACAUAGAUGAAGCUGGAAAAGACCAAGGUCAUUAUAUCCGGGAAAAGUCUAAACAAGUUAUAACACUGCUGAUGGAUGAACAGUUGCUGUAUAAAGAGAGGGAAGUGGCCUGUCGGACUAGACGGCGUACCUCCUACUCUAUGACAUUUCCUAAAAGAUUACCUGGUACAGAAAAUGCUUCCAAGGCAGUACUGAAACAAGACCAGUACCCAGACAUCCAGUCGCUUCCUGGAGCAGUGGGGUCUCAGGAAACUCUGCCCCUCAAGAUUAACACUUGGAAGUCAACAGAGGAUUUAAUGCUAUUUUAUGAUGAUGAUGAUCCAAAGCCACUUUUGCCAGCAAUACCUACCUCUGUUAUCUCUUCAAAUACGUGGUUGUCAGAAGGGGAAGCAGAAGUUUAUAACCUCUGGGAUGCAGAUGCUCUGCCUACUCCCUCAGAAAAUAGCCCAUCUCUGCAGACAAAUGUGAGUUUGGACAAGACAUCAGAUGGUACCAUUACAAAUACUGUAAUAGAAAACCCCUCGCAAACACCUCUAGAAAAGCAAUUGGCUGCAAAAAGUUGUGAAACAUUGACAACUUUACCAGCACUUUGGCCAUUGAGUAAAGAGGAGUUUAUGAACACUCAUUUAAGGAUAUCGAAGUCAGAUUCUACUUUCUCUAACCACGCCUCUGUAGAGACACUCUAUGUCUCUCCCUCAUUCAAAACAUUUGACCCAGCAAAGGAGACUCCUGUCAAUAAGAACCAUCAGAAACCAACACAGCCCAGCAUUGUUCAGAAGAAUGAUGAAAACUUCAAGACCUUAACCACAUGGGUUUCAACUACUUCUGAAGGCACAUCCUCCUUUUCUACUUUGUCCAUGUCGUCCCCUGAGUCAGCCUCUCCAGAGAAGUCAGUUCAUCUCUUGCCCCCAGUUUUGGCCAGGCCUUCCUUUUGGACUUUGUCCCAGCAACAGUUGUCUUCUGCCUCCUUUGAAGAAAGAGAUACGACAACCAGGGUUCAUCAUCUGUUUGCUUCUCGGGGCCCACUGUCUUUUGACGAAGAGGAAAAUGAUAACUUUAAUCUAGAAAUUCUUCCCGAUAACUCUGAUUCUGCUAAAAAGAAGACAAAUCUCAUUUCUAGCAGUAAUUGGAUAGACUUUUCUACCCAAAAUGUAGAUCAGUUCACCGCUAUGUCCUGUUCUAGUUUUCAGACAACCAAGGGCUUACCUCGGGAACCCGAAGCAAACAAUUCCAUUAAAGUUCUUCUACAGGAGGUUAAAAAUGCAAUAGUUAAAUUACAUGAGGAUCUGAGCGUGGUGAUCCAAGAACUGAAGGUCAUCAAUAGCCAUCUGGUAAACAUGAGUGGGAACAGUCGCCAAAGAAGUCAGUCUUUGCCGGUCCCCCCAUCUUCUAAGGGAAGUUCAGAUAAAACCUAAUCAUCCCAGUAGCUAUUUUUGAUAGGGCUCAUAUUAUUUCUCUUCCCCAAAUCUUAAGAAGUUUACAUUUCAUAGACUCUGAUUACUAUGACCAAAAUUUUUAAAAAGGUGACAGUUUAAAUUUUCCUUGUCAGGUAUAUUAUUAACAAGGAUCUUCCAAACCAGAGCAUUCGUUUUUAUUUUUUCAAGAGAAAGAUAUGUCACCUCUGAUCACUUCAGAUUUAGAUAUUGGUUCAUUUGGAAUUGAAGAGAGUUGUAGUCUUCAGUGCUCUGUACUUUACCUUCAAAUGGGUUAAGCAUUAGUCAAAGUUGUGGUGGGACCUGGAGCUGCCAAUAACUAUCCUAAAGCUUUGGGAUAAGUGAGGAGUAAAAAGCACUUUAUUUUUCAGCUGUGUGGGCUUCAUCAUUAACAAACCUCUGCCUCGACCUGGGAGCAUUGAGUUUGGAGUUUCAGUUUUACUUGUUUUCAGGUUCUGCAAACUAAGGACCAGAAAUCGUUUCCUUCUUUCAGAUGCCACAGUGUUGGGGUUAAGUUGAAAUAAGUAGAACGUGGGGCAGGUGUUUUUAUUGUUAAGUGUAUUAUAUAAAGAGAAUUCAAAUGCAUACUUCCC